AUGAUUCUAACCAUAUUUGAGUUCCCUUUAGCAAUUCUUGCCGUUUUUUCCGCGUUCUUUCUUUUCUACCUCGUUUUUCACCUCAAAACUCUUCAAAUAUACUGCAGAAUAUAUCUCUAUUUAUUAUCAUUUGCAACAUUCUUACUCUCGUCUUAUAUUCUUUCAAUUAUAGAGUAUUUAUUAGCGGGCAAAUCAUUUGCGCUUGUCGAAGAUGAAGCUACAACUCGAAGUAAGACGUGGGAAUUUUUGCAUGAAAUCGGGCUUUGUUUGCAAUCGGUUUCAAUAUUAUGCUUCGCCUUUGUUGGCGACAUGAUUUUGGCGACAUUCGUUGUUUCGUGCUUUGAUAUUUUCGGUCUUUCGGUGCUAAUUGCUGCCUGGCGACAGAGCAUCCGAGAUUAUUCGAGAACUCAAGGAAAAAUCUCGUUGAACAGGCGAUAUCAAAUAUCAGUUGUGUAUACGACCACGUCUGCCUUGCUACCUGCUGCUUUUGGGGCAUCGAUCAGCAGAAGUUCGGCGAUGGUUCCAAUAUGGUUUUGGUUGCUUCUUGAUAUGACGGGUGCCGAAUACGGAAUUGCUAACUUUUUGUUCAAUAAUAUUAUCAAUGCGUAUAUAGUUAUUCUUCCGUGGAUAAUCGCUAUGAGAAAUGCGCAAUUACGUCAUAAACUACUCAGCAUUUAUUCGAAAUGCUACGACAGCCCGCGUGUGCAUGCAGAGCGUGUGGGACCAAUUAAAACAUUGCAAGGAACUGAGAUCAAACCAUGUGCCAACCAAUCAGACCAUUUUAACGAACUAAGAACAAUUUGGAAUUAA